GUAAAAGAAAUCGUCUCUUGGUGGAGGAAGAAUUUAGUUUUUUUCGAGUUUGGUGAAACUUGGAGAAAAUUUCGUAACAGUUGUGUGUUGAUCGUUUUUAUGUUUUCUCAGCAACAUGGUUGAAUGAAUAUCUGGACGCUGUUUUUUCAGUCCUGAAUUGUGUGACCUCGUGCUGCACGUGUGACCUUGGUUUGCAAAUUUUGCCUCAUUUUCGCAUUGUGCAGGAACAGGAAAAAAGAAAACUAUGAUUGUGCAAUUGGUGAACACGUUGUUGGCGGGCGUGUUGUUUUCAACAUUGGUGAUUGGCUUCAAUUUGGAGCCGAGGAUCCCCGUCAUCAAGAACGGCAUGGCUGGCUCAUAUUUCGGAUAUUCGGUGGCAGAACAUCAAUCCAUCAGCGUCGAAACAGGCGCCGUGCUCAACAAUUGGCUGCUAGUGGGAGCCCCGUUGGACCAGAACUUACAACCGGGAACGAACCGUUCUGGAGCGCUGUGGAGGUGUCCGAUGACGACACGGAGCAACGACUGCGUCCAAGUCGUCACCGACGGGAAACGAAACGCCGAGAGCUACUUGUACGACGAGAAUAUCCGAUCGAACCAGUUAGUGCCUCCGCUGCCGGACGAGAUCAAGGACGGUCAAUGGUUGGGCGUUACCGUACGGAGUCAAGGACCUGGACGCAAAGUCUUGGUUUGCGCUCAUCGCUACAUCCGCAAAGGCGCCGACUACCAGUGGGGCCAGGGCUUGUGCUACACGCUGACCCAAAAUUUGGACUAUGACGAAACCUGGGAGCCUUGCCGCGGCCGUCCGACCACUUGGGCUCAUGAGCAAUUUGGCUACUGUCAAGCUGGAACGUCCGGUAUGCUGCUGGACGACGAUACGGCCCUGAUUGGCACGCCCGGGCCGUACACCUGGCGCGGCACCGUCUUCGCCGUCUCCGUGUCGGACGAUUUCCUCCACCGAGACAAGACGCUUUAUUACGGGCCGCUAACCCAGGAUCAUUCGCCCGUCGACAAAUAUAGCUAUCUAGGAAUGAGCGUCACUUCGGGCAAGUAUUUCGGCAGUAAAGUCAGCUACGCGGCGGGCGCGCCCCGAUCCAAUGGAACCGGCCAGGUGGUCAUCUUUACCAAAGUGAAGAAAGCCGAGAGCCAAUUGCGCGUCCAACUGGUCCUUAGCGGCGAGCAGUUUGCUUCCAGCUACGGCUACCAAGUCGCCACGGCGGAUCUCAACGGUGACAGCCGAGCCGAUCUGAUUGUAGGCGCUCCGUUUUACUACGAUCGAGAAGCGGGCGGUGCCGUCUAUGUCUAUUCUAACCCGCCCGAUGGUGGUUUGACGGCCAACACGCCCUACGUCAAACUAGUAGGCAAGCCUGAAUCCAGGUUCGGAUUCGCGUUGACCAAUCUUGGAGACAUCAAUAAAGAUCGGUACGAGGACUUGGCCGUGGGCGCGCCGUACGAAGGCAGGGGCGUCGUCUACAUCUACCUCGGUUCCAAACAUGGCAUCAUUACCGAACCAUCCCAGAUUUUGAAGGCGGAGGAUAUACCCGGUGUUCCUCCAUCUACAUUCGGCUAUUCGUUGAGCGGCGGCCUGGAUAUGGAUCUCAAUGACUAUCCAGAUUUGAUGGUGGGCGCUUACGAAGACGAUCGGGUUUUCCUCAUCCGAUCGAGGCCCAUCAUCGGCAUCCUGACUCGCGUCCAACCAGAAGAGAAUUUGAAAAAUAUCGACCCAAACAGUCCCGGAUGUGAGAAGUAUCCCAAUUCAACCGAAGUCUGUUUCUCGUUCAACGCCUGCUUCGCCAUGGAUUCAAUGGAGGGUUUCCUGCGAGCCAACGAUCUAGAACUCAAGUACCGGAUCGAGGCCGAGACGUUCAGCGGGCGCAAAUUCUCCCGCGUGCGCUUUGCCCACGGCUUGUUGGAGAAACCCCAUGUUGUCGAGAGGAAAAUCCAGCUGAGGGGCGUUCGCAACGGCACCGAGCAGUGCUUUGAGGAGACGGCGUUCGUCAAGGAGGGGACGCGAGACAUUCAAUCGGCCGUAAAGUUCCGCAUGGGCUACACGCUGGUUCAGCGGGAGCCGAGGAGCCCGCGUGAAGGCGACCCUUUGCCCAACAUCAACCAAUAUCCGAUCCUCAACCAGCAGGAGGCAUCCAAAACCUUCCAGGCCACGUUCGAAAAGGACUGCGGCGAUAAUGAUGUCUGCGAGAGUAACAUGGUUACCGUAGCCAACCUCGAUCUCCCUCAAGGCGAGGAUGGAGUUUCCAUUUUGGAGCUCGGGGAACUGCAGGAAGUCGUCCUCGAUAUUUCAGUGACGAACACGGGAGAGUCGGCCUACGAGGCCGGUUUGUAUGUUUCUCAUCCACGCACUCUGAGCUUCAUCGGACGCGUCUCGGAAGCAAAUCAACUGCUUUGCAAUUCGUUCAACAGCACCAUGGUUACAUGCUCGCUGGGCAACCCCUUCAAACACGGCUCUGGAUACGUCAAACUUCGCUUCAAUCCAAGCGCCGUCGAGGAUUCUGAAGCCCGCCUGGCUUUCCUCAUUUUUACCAAUACAACAUCUCAGGAACUGGACCCUCAAGGAGAAAUUCCAGUUCUUGCUAACGUCGUCAAACGUGCCGAAAUCUCUAUUAAAGGACUGGGCCGUCCGGAGCAGGUCUUCUUCGGUGGUGAAGUUAAACCGACCAUCAAGUACCGAGACGAAAUUGGACAGCCUUUGUUGCACAGCUACGAAAUCUACAAUGCCGGACCGUGGAAAGUGCCAUACCUGUCGGUUGUCGUUUCUUGGCCUUACCAAGUUGAGAACGGGAAGCCCAUCGGCAAAUGGCUCCUCUACAUGGAUGAGACCCCUAAAGUCGACGGUGAUGGUGAAUGCAUUAUGGAUCCGAAGCAAGUUAACGUUCUUGACCUCCCUAAACGGCCCGGAUUCGUCGAGGCUCCUAUCGAACAUCUGGCCAGACACUUACCCGUUCCGACUAUCAGUGACAUUGACGAAAAUGAAAUCGAUUCGACGUCGGUUAAUACUACUCGUAAGAAGCGCCAAGCAGGAGUCGUCAUUUUGCCUGAAGCCAUUGUCGAUAAUGAAGGCAAAACCAGGCACGUCGUUACCAUGGAUUGUGACCGUGGAACGGCAAAGUGCUUCAUGUUCCGUUGUAACAUUAGAAAUCUACAGCGCAAGCAGUCAGCUGUCAUUAAAAUCCGAGCCAGAUUAUGGAACGCGACUCUCGUAGAAGAUUUCCCGGGAAUCCACACUGUCAGAAUACGUUCCAAAGCGCACAUUUCCUUGGAUCCGUCAUUGGAAAUUACCCAGCGGAUCGAAGAUGACUUCGAUUACGCUGAAACGAUGGCCUAUCCCGACCGAUUGGACACGGGCGAAACGCCGGCCGUCCCAUUGUGGAUCAUCAUCGUCAGCGUGUUGGCUGGUAUUCUGCUGCUAGUCCUCCUGAUUCUCUUGCUUUGGAGACUGGGAUUCUUCAAGCGCAAGCGUCCUGAUCCUACCCUGAAAGGCAGUCUAUUGCAAAAGGACAAAGAACUCAACGGAGAAUACAUCUCAUAGUGUUCCACGUAAAAGCGAAAGGUGAGAGCGGCUUUCCAUAUGUGCCUUUUUAUUAUCCUGUUCGUGACUGGCUCUGAUGAGUGUGUGACGUAGUGAUCUCGCGCAAACCAACGAGUCGUUGAGAUGUAUAGGAGAGAAUCAUAUAUUGUAUACAAUUUUAAUUUAUAAAUAACAAAGAGAAAAUGUUGAUGCGUUGUAUUGAGUUGAUGGUGCAAUGCCAACUCAAUCAAGACGAACUAUCAAGUGCCAUUACGUCAACCCGCUGAGUGCCAGACGUGCACGUGUCUGAGCGUCCAGUUUGGGUUGUUUGAAAGUCUGACGAAUUUUGUGCCCUCCACUGUCCAUCAAACCACCACCGUCGAACCCCAUGUUGUGUUUUUACCUGUAAUUAUAUAUGCAUAGUUAUAUUCGUGAUUUUUAAAGAAGGCAAGAAAAAAGAGGCGAGAGAAAUGUUCGAUUCGUUCAUUUAUUGGGUGCUUGUUUCUGUGUGACACUAACCCAAUAUUUUCUGUAGACAUAUUUUAUUCCUUUUCAAGUUAAAGAAGAGAAAGUAAAAAGCAAAACAAAAAAGAA